AUGGCCGAAAAGAGUAAAUCACGCAAGGGGCGACCACGUAUGCCGACUGGAGGAUCGUCGCGCGGCACCACCGUGGUUUGGGGCGAUUACGGACUUCGCAUGCGAGACCACGAUCGUAGAGUAUCAGCGGCACAAUUAAAAAUUGGAAUGGAAACGAUAAAUCGCAGAUUGAGAGGGAUGGACUAUAAGGUUUACACCAGAGUUAGUGCAAAUAUUGGGGUUUAUACAAGUGGAAAUGAACAGCGUAUGGGUAAAGGAAAAGGGAAAUUUGAUUACUGGGCUGCCAGAGUGCCAGUUAACCGGAUUAUAUUUGAAUUGAAAGGAAACCUGCAUGAGAAAGUUGCAAGGGAGGCAUUUAGACUGGCCGCUCACAAACUACCUGGCUUAUAUGAAUUCGUGAAAAAAGGCGAACCGCCAAUUGUUGGGCUUACAAAACUAACUAACGGAAUCACGCUGGAGUCUUUAAAAAGAGCAAGGAGACCUGUGGAGCAUAAACUUGUAGCGGAACAGCAACCUGUUGUUUCGGAGCCCCCAGCACUCUAG